AUGACCAUGAAACUUCUUAACCAUUUUGUAGAAAUUGUUGCCUCUUCUUCUUCUUCUUUUGCUUCCACUCCUAAAUGGACUUAUGAUGUUUUCUUGAGCUUUAGGGGUGAAGAUGUCCGAAAGAGCUUUGUCUACUUCCUCUACAGUGCUUUACAAAAAAAGGGAAUUUACACCUUCAAAGACGAUGAAAGCUUGAAAGACAAAGAUCCAUUUCACUUGCAUUACGCCAACCUAUUAAAGAGUCAAGAAUUGCAGUUAUCAUUUUCUCAGAAAACUAUGCUACUUCUUCAUGGUGUCUGGAUGAGCUUGCAGAGAUCAUUGACUGCAACCACAAUGAGAAAACAGAAAGGCAGUUUUGGUAAAGCUUUUGUCAAAGUUGAAGAUGAAGUAGAGGACAAGGAACGGGUUCAAAAGUGGAGGGCAGCUCUUGCUGAAGCUUCUUCUACCUCUGGCUGGGAUGUUCCCAAAACUGCCAGUGGGUAA